UACAUCUUUUCAAUCUCUUGAAAACCAAAUGUCUCCAAUCCCACAGUCAUGGCCCAGUUUAUCAGGCUUUUCCACCAACACCACAGUCACGAGUUAUGGUAUUAAAAGAAAACGUGAUGAGUCAUCAGAUGACAGAGCUCCGUCACAACUGAUCACAGAUAUGGACAUAAAGAAGAAAGCAGAGCAGAUCAUUGAGAGAGUUAACAUGAAAAUUCAAGCCAUAAAGAGCACAGACCACACCAUGACUACAUUAAAAACCUACAUUUUGGAUGACAUUUCAAAGAUAAAGAGGAUGGAUAAAAACAUAAGGAAGGAAACUAUAGGAAUAUUUGGAAGAACAGGAGAAGGAAAAAGCUCCUUAUUAAACGCAGUACUGGGUGUAAAUUUAUUACUGCCAGCUGGUGGUUUUGGUGCAUGUACAUCUGUUAUAACUCAGGUGGAAGCAAACCUAAAUGACUCAAACUACAUAGCAGAGAUUGAAUUCAUUUCUGAAGAGGAAUGGGAAAAUGAGGUUGCUUUAUCAGAUGAAAAUGAGGAUGGGGAAAAUCAAAUGACAGAAACUAUUAAAGAUAAAAUCACUGCGCUGUAUGGAGCCGAUGCAAAAGGAAAAACAUCAGAAGAGCUUAAGAGAGAUGACAAAUAUACUCAAAUUGAUCAGGUUUUGUCUAUUAGGAAGAAGACAAUCUCAAAUCAAAAUUUGUUAAAAUUUAGCCACGAGGUUGCUCAAUACAUAAAAAAUAAUGAAGCAAAACCUGGUGGUUGGUACUGGCCGCUUGUGAGGAGCGUGACAAUCAAGAUCCCAAACCGUCUUGAACUCUUGGAGCACAUUGUUCUUGUUGAUCUCCCUGGGACUGGAGACUCCAACAAGAUCCGAGAUGACCUCUGGAAAUCUAAACUAAAAGACUGCUCAUCUAUGUGGAUUGUAAGUAACAUCAACCGAGCAGUCUCAGACAAAGACCCAUGGGAAAUAAUAGAGCACUGCAUUCAAGACUUACAAGGAGGAGGAGAGUGCAAGCGUAUAAACUUCAUCUGUACCAAAACUGAUGAUAUUAAUCCAGAUGAAUAUAAUGAAGAUGAUUGGGGUACCAGUGAACAAAUAAUUGGAUCAAAGAAGAAAAAAUGCAUAAUUUUAAGAAACAACUAUGCAAAGGAGAAACUUCAUGGAAAAUUAACUGAAGCUAAAAACAAGGUAUGACAUUAAAACAGAUACACUGUCAGAAAAUGUACUAGGAG